GCCAACUCCUUCGAAAUGGGCGAAAUCGUAGAGAAAACAUGCUGCGAAGCAAUAAAAAAAGAAGAAAACAACCAGCUAAUAUGUUUGAUAUAACGAGGCAGCAGCAGCAGCAGGCAGCGGCGUAAGAGACAAAAAUUAUAACUUAGUGUAGAGAAAGAAAAUUGGGUGCUCUGCCCACGUAACAAAAGAAAAAACGCUGUUGGACACAAAAAUUGCCACAAAAAUGAGCAAUAACAUAAACAUCAACAGCAUGCUGAGGCCCAGCCUGGACUCCGAAGAGGAGGAGGAGGAUGACAUUGGCCAAAUGAGCGACGGGAGCAGCAGCAGCUCCGGCGGCAGCAGCAAUCGGAGCAGCAGUAGUUCCAGUUCCUCCGCACCCGGUUCGCUGCCGGAGGAUGAUGUCGAUGUCGAGGACGAGGAUAUGUCUGAUCAGGAUGCACUCUCGGAAUCCGAGACGGAGGACGAUACCACCACUUGCCAGUCGGACGAGCUGGAGCUGGCGCAGCUAAGUAAACGUGACACCUUUCGCCUGCCGCGGGGCCUCUGUGAGAAUUCCACCAUCUUUCACGAGUUCUUCUCGAUGGAGACAUGGCAGCUACUGCCGCAGCAUGUCCAGGCACGGCUGCAGUGCUUGCUGCCCGAUUUCACGGGCCUGGUCUCUGCACCGCAAGCAGGGGCCGAGCAGCAGCGAACGCUCGUUCAACUUUUCAACGGUGGCCUUCAGCGUUUUGGCCAAUCGCCGCUACUGCAGCUGCAGCGGCAGCUGGAGGACGGUAACCUUCGGCCGGAUGUCCUUAAGCUGCGCCGCAGCAUCCAGCACUCUAGUCGCCGCGAGUUCCGCUUCCAGCAAGCCGAACGCUUAAGUCAAUUGGCCAAAGAGCUUUUCCUCUCCCGCGAGCACAUGCUUAAGCUGGCGUACACCUCGUCGCCGCCGGAGGAGGCGACUGCCUCUGCCUCCAAGUCGAUGAUGCCACGCCCGCGCAAGCGUAAGCCCCCAGCGCUCUCGAUGGAGAACAAGUUGUGCUCGCAACGGGCCAAGAAGCGGUAUGUCCAGGAGCUGCUGGAGGUCAUACAAGAGCUGAAGGUGUCCCCGGGCGAGAUCAGUGCCGAGGAGGAGGACGAAGAGUGUGUGGAUCUGAUGCAGCGUCUGCCAAAAAUGGAAGCGGAGCUCAAGCUGGAGCCGACAUCGGUGCGCUCCUCGAAUGCGGCAGACAAGAAAAGCAUUUACAAUACCUUCUUCAAGCGUCGGUCCGGUGUGGACGAUGAGCAGGUCCUGCGCACCAUGCAGGCUGUCCGCAUACAGCAGUUGAAUGAUAAGAACUUCAAGAAGUAUCUGCGGGACUACAAGCGACGGAAAAUGGAGCAACCAGAAAGCCCGGAAUUUGAUACAUCGGAGGUGCGUUUGAGGGACAUUUGCACGCGGGCACAGUUUGUGGGCAGCUUCAAGCCGGGACGCAAGCCAAAGGCAUUGCUGGCGCGCCUCAAUCCCGAUCCACCCGCUCUGGUGCCCAUUGGUGGGAUCAAAAACGAGCCCGAGGAUGAUAUUUUCGUCAAGGAAGAGCCACAGCAGCAUCAGAAGCAGCACCGUCUGCAGGACUAUGUUCCCAAGGAGCAAAUGCCAAAGAAAAUGCCACCAGCGGCCGCAGCUGCUCCUGUGCCCGCCUUGAUCCCCAAGCUGGAGCCCAUAAGUGUGCCCUCCGCCACAAUUUCCAAUCUUACAACCAUUUCCCCAACCAAUCCUGCCCUGAAGGCGGCUGCUGUCCACAUUGUUGGCAGUCCCCCCAACAGAGGGGAAGUUGUUCGACCGGCGGCAUCGCCUCGCCCCGCCUGCUACUUCUCUCUGCUGCGAGAUCUGUUUGUUUCCACGCCCCAGCAUCGUUUGACCUACGGAGAGCUGCAGCUGCUGUUGGCCAGCUGGCGGGAGAAACAUUCCGAUGCAGCCAUACCAACGGGCGAUGUGACGCGCAUACAGCAGCCGGAUUGGUCGCUGCUGCUGCAGUCCGCAGUCAACUUUCUGGCUGCCGAUUUCGGACCACUUCCGGCGGAAUAUGUGCCGUACAUUGAGCACAAAACCGUGUUGAAUAUCUACCAGUGGAUUGGCGCUGGCAGGGACUCCGAUGCACGACUGUGCACCCUCUGCCAGUACUGGCUGAGGACCCAGAAAGAGGAGCAACCCAUAGCCACGACGGUGCAUCUGAAUCCAUGCCCGGGUGCCAUGUUUAUUGCGACCACGCCCGUGGAUGCCUCAGCCACGCAGACGCUAACGCCUACGCCGCCGCCUCGGUGCCCCACCAGCUGGACGGUGCGCACGGCCAGCCAGGCGGAUAUGCUGGAGUUCCAGCGACAGGAGAGGCUACGCUUUGAGUAUCCCCAUCGGCCGUUCACCUACCGCCUGAAUGGCUACGAGAGCGUUGUGGGUCCCGUCAAGGGCAUCUACACCCAGAGUUUGCCGCUGAACAAGGCGCGCGGACAUGCUGUCAUGGUGGACGAUCGACCGCCAUUUGUGACCAUCCUGACGCUGGUGCGUGAUGCCACGGCCCGGCUACCCAAUGGCGAGGGCACACGCUCGGAAAUCUCAGAGCUGCUGAAGUGCUCACAGUACGUCAAUCAUCAGGCGGCGGAGAACGUUCUGCAGACGAUUGUCAGUGGAGCACUGGACCGCAUGCAUGGCGGCAUCGAUCCCUGUGUGAAGUACGACGCCAAGCGCAAGAUCUGGAUCUACUUGCAUCGCAACCGCAGCGAGGAGGAGUUCGAGCGAAUGCACAAGCACAAUCUGUCGCUGGUGAAGCAGAAGCAGCAGCAAAGGAAGCAGCUGGCCAAGCCAAAGAAGGAGGAUGGCGAUAGCUCCACAGAGCUGCAGGAUAUGCCAGCACUGGUACCCUCUGUGGGUAAUCCCACGCCCACUGCCGCUCCCGUCUCUGUCUCGACUGCCGCCGGCACUCUGCUGCACGUUAAGAAAACUUCUCCGCUGCCCGUCAAAUGCCCCCCAGUGCCGCCUCUCAAGUACAACAUACCACCUGCCAACAGCAACAACAACAACAACUCAACAUCAUCCUCCCAGGGCGCAGGCAUGGCACUCUCGCCCACCGGUGCUAAUGCCUCACCCAACUCAAUGCAAAAAUCACUGCUCAAGCCCGUGCCCAUGGGUGCAGUGCAUCGCCCAAUGGCUGGCGGUACCCCGGUAAAGACGGGCAAUUUUGCCAUAUCGAAGAUCAGUCCGCAAAGGAAUACCACACCCAUACUGGUAUCGACGCCCAGUGGCAUGCAGACGGUGCAUGUGGCCACCACGCCCACUUCUACGCAGCUGGGCACGUCCCCCACGAUGAGUGUUAACAAAAAGCUGACGAUUAAAAAGCCACCGACAACCAGCAAAAUAGGCAACUUUAUCAUACCACUGGACCAACAGCAGCAGCAGCAGCAGCAGCAACAACACUCGCCACAGCAGCACUCUCAAGUGCUGGGCAAACCGAAGAGUAUGACAAUAAGUCCACGCCCGCAGCUGUCGAAGAAUAUUAUAAGAUUGCUGCCUGCGGGUGCGGCAGCCACAGGGCAGGUAAAGUCACCGCAAGUGCAGAUACUGGGACCGCGUGUGGUGCCACAGUCGACAGUGCGUCCGGUGCAGCAAAAGAUUGGCGCCGUCUCCAUAAUAUCCAAUAAAUCAGUGGAAGCCAGCACAUCCCCGAUAACCAUUGCCACGAGCAGUAGCUCCGCCGUGAGUGCCGUCAGUGUAGGCGGAGGAGCCGGUGGAACCAUUGUGAAGAUGUCCCCACAGGCAUUUGCAACGUUGCAGCAACAGCAACUGAAACAAAAGGCAAUGGGUGGCACAGCAAAGAUUGCCUCGCCAGUGCAGACAUCGCCACAGCAACGGAUAUUAGUGGGUAAUACAGCCAUUUCGUCGAACAAAAAGAUUGUUUUCCAAGCCAUGGCCAAGACAACACCCAAAAUACUCACCACAACGGCCAGCAGUGGCGGAACGACCGUCAGGUCGCCACAGCAAAGGAUUGUGCUGCAGAACUUUAAGCAAGCGGCGGCUGCAGGUGGAGGAGGAGCCACGACGGUGGUCAGCUCUACAAAUGCCACGCGUAUGAUACGCACCAGCACGACCGUGAGCACAGCAGCUGGCGGAGCAGUGAAUGCCUCUCAGGGUGGGCACAUCAUCACGCUGGAUAGCCUGCUGCAAAAGCAAAACCAACAGCAGCACAGUGGCGGGAAACUCCUCACGACUGGGAGCAACAUCAUUCAGUUGGCCACCUCCUCGGCGGGCAACGUCAUCACACUGACACCGAAUCAAAGCCAAAACACGCAGCCCAUCCAAGUGCAGGCCAAGCAUCUGCCCACGAUGGCGCGCAUUGUGAGUGCAACGGCGAGUGGUCCGACAAUGGUGCCCAAAAUCAUCGGCAAGACGACCGUGCUGCCGGGUAAGCCACUGCUGCUGCAUGCCAAGGCAAUCAAGCAGCUGGGAGGCGGUAGUGUCGUGACCACCCAACCCACAGCGACCACAACAACAGCGGGAACCAAUGCUGUGCGUACCACACAGAGCAUUGUAAUUGGCGGGCAGACGGUGAAGAUUCAAGGAGCGAUUCCCGCACGCUCGGGCGGCGCACCCAUGCAGACCGUGAUCAUGGGCAACCAGUUGGUUCGGUUGGCGCCCAGCACCAGCGGCAGCAGCAGCACCAACAGCAAUCACCUCACCACUGUGGCCUCCAGUGGCAUUGCGACUGCACCAAAGACCCUGCUGAUUGGGGCUGGCGGCACACAGACCCUGCGUCUGGCCAAAAAUGUCUUGUUGACCAACAAGCAAGGCACUUCGAAUAGCACGGGGAGCAGCAAUGCCACAGGAACAGUCACUGGCGGCGCAACAGCUGGCAAUAAUCUCGUAUUUGCCGUACAAGGCAAUGGCGGACAGUUGUUCUUCUCGCAGGGUUUGCAGGGAAUGAACCUCAAGCCAUUGUCCAAUAUGAAGGUGAUACCCAUGGUGUCGGCCGCUGGAGCUGCUGCUACUGCAGGCGGCAAGAUCACUGUCACAACAACGGCCAAGGCAGAGGCUAAGAAGCUAAUGCCGGGGACAGUGCUGAAGACAGCGCCCAGUGGGAGUGGUAAUUAGCAGGAGGAUUAGUGGACUCUGGAGUGGCCACUUACCAGUGGCAGAGGCUUGUUAAUCACGUUGUUAACCUUCAUUUUGGGUUACAUUUUUCUUUGAUUUACUCUUAACGCAUCGUGUAAUUUAUAUUUGUAAUUCUUAGGCAUACAGUUCUUGCAAAUAAUUAAUUAAAGCUUAGCGCGUCGUCUGGCGUGUGAAAGCGAACGACAAACACACACACCACACACACACAUGCAUAGAAACUCCCAAUAAAACUCAAACUGAAUCAAGUGAA